CUUGUACGUGCAUGCGGUAUCCGGUUGGGAAUGUAAACAUGUGAGGAGGAAAUGAUGUUUAUCUAAGAAUUGUAGAUAUUAGCCUAUGUUAGGCCUUUUGCGAUAUUUUUUUGAGUAACCUCGACAAUGGCAGGAUUCCAGGAGCCACCGACCAAGAAGCAAAAAACUGAGAAUAGGUUUUUGGGAGCCCACAUGCCUGUACAGCAGUCCCCCAUCAGAAAUGGUGUUGGAGGCGGUUUUAGCAAGGCAAACAAUAGUCAUGGGAAAGGCUCUCCCUUCCAGAAGAGCUCUCCAGGCCAGAAUGGGUUCAUGAAUGGCAAUGGCAAGAACACUGAACAUCUGAAAAAUAUUGUGAAGCAGAGACAUGCCCUUCCUAUCUUCCCCACACGAGCCAGACUGCUGGAGGAAUUGAAGAAAAAUGAGACAGUGAUUGUUAUCGGUGAAACAGGCAGUGGAAAGACAACACAGAUCCCACAGUACCUGCAUGAGGAGAGAUGGGACAAGAAGGGGGGGAUUUGUGUCACCCAGCCCAGGCGAGUUGCGGCAAUCUCUGUGGCCAAGCGUGUCGCAGAAGAAAUGAACACACAGAUAGGGGGUCUGGUGGGCUAUUCUGUGAGGUUUGAAGAGUGUGUGUCACCCAAUACAAAACUGAAGUAUGUAACAGAUGGUAUGUUGUUAAGGGAAGCUAUAUCAGAUCCAUUGCUCAGUAGGUAUAACUGGGUCAUACUUGAUGAGGCCCAUGAACGGACUAUAAGCACUGACGUGUUGUUUGGCAUUGUGAAAGAUGCGCAGAAGAAAAGAAAGCAACUAGAGAAAGAUAACUUGAAAGUGAUAGUUAUGUCAGCCACCAUGGAUGUUGAUCACUUUAGUCAGUACUUCAAUAAAGCCAAAGUAUUGUACAUUGAGGGUAGACAGCACCCUGUGGAAAUGCUAUACGCCAGAGAAAAGCAGGAUGAUUAUGUGUUAGCUGCCAUGAGCACUGUCUUCCAGAUACAUAAGGAGGCUCCAGCACAGCAUGACAUUUUGAUCUUCCUAACAGGACAGGAAGAGAUUGACUCGGUCACACACAGCAUCCGGCAGGUAGCAAAGGACAAUAGCUUGGCAGAGUUCCCCAGAAUGAGAGUCCUGCCCCUCUAUGCUGCCUUGCCAUCCAGCCAGCAACUGGAUGUCUUCAGAAUAACAGCACCAGGAGAGAGGAAGGUGAUUGUGAGCACAAACAUUGCUGAAACCUCUAUCACUAUUCCUGGAAUCAAGUACGUGAUUGACUCUGGAAGAGCAAAGAUAAGGACAUACAAUCCAGUCAAUGGCUUUGACUCCCUCAAAGUCAAGAAGAUCUCACAAGCACAGGCAUGGCAAAGGACAGGCCGUGCUGGAAGGGAAACUCCUGGGUUCUGUUAUCGAAGUUACACACUCGAGGAGUUCAAUGCAAUGGAGGUAAAUCCUGUCCCAGAGAUCCUGCGCUCAAAUCUUGCCAGUGUGAUUCUCCAGCUGUUGGCCAUGGGUAUCAAGAAUAUUCUUACCUUCGACUUCAUUGAUAAGCCAAGUCCAGCAAGUAUCAAGCAGGCUGUUGAGCAGUUGACCUUGUUGGAGGCUGUUGUUAUGAAGGCAGGGCAGUUGGAGCUGACGGACUUGGGCAAGAAGAUGGCGCAAUUCCCCCUAGAGCCUCGCUAUUCAAAAGUGAUUCUCUCAGGCCCACAGUAUGGCUGUACCGAUGAGGUCCUGUCUGUAAUUGCUAUGCUGUCUGGUGAAUCCAUUUAUGUCAACCCAAGUGGAAAGAAGGAGAUAGCUGCUAGCGUGCGGCGCAAAUUUUUGUCUGUAGAAGGCGAUCAUGUGACAAUGCUCAAAAUCUUCAGAGCAUUCAGAGGCUCCAAAGAGAACAAGAUGUGGUGUCAUGAGAACUUCCUGAACCAUCGAAACCUGAAAUAUGCUCUGGAGGUGCGGAAACAGUUGUAUCAGGUCUGCCAGAGAAAUAAUGUUCCUUUAGUUUCUUGUAACCAAGAUAUGGAUGCUCUCCGAAGAUGCCUUGCUGCUGGACUCUUCACAAACAUUGCUGAGCUACAGCUGGAUGGGAAGUACCUGUCACUUGAUACCAGGCAAGAGUGUUCCAUUCACCCAACAUCUGUCUUGUUUGGAGGAAAGCCCGCCUACAUCCUCUUUACUGAACUGGUCCACACUGGCAAGAUGUACAUGCAUAUCAACUCGGCAAUGGAUGCACAGUGGCUGUUUGAGGUGGCCCCGGAGUACUUCAGAAAACGGCAUAUCAAGAAAAUGUGAAAUAGAGAUGUGGAAUAGCAACUGGACACAACCUUAAUAUAGGCCUACAUGUGACAAGUGUAGUUGUUUAGUGUAUGGUAUAUUUGUGCAGUGACACAUUUGCAUCAAAGGUGUCGAAGAAAAUGCCUUUACCACCUUCCCUGCCAAAGGUCUCUGUGAACAAUGCAGUAUUGAGCUUCUGCCAGUUUCCCCCACUUGGACCUUAUUGCCCCGAGAAACUUCAACUCCCGUUUUGUUAUCGGACAGGUGUCGUUCCUACUCUUCCAAUUUGUCGGUCUCCACUGGCAUGCCAACCUUCGUCUUACUGGGAACAGAGAAGGAAAAUUUCUAAGAAUUUCCUGGUGGAGGAUUAAGCUGUGUGAUGAGAGAAAGAAAAUGAUUUACUCUAUGUUAACUAAGGAACCUUUAGGUAGCUGUGAUCAUUUUUUCCCCUCAUUGAAAUAAGGUUGAUUCUAGGAUUCUGUAAAGCUGAUAGAGUGGUAAAUGUUUGUUAUACACUAGAUAGAUUUAUAUAACUUUGUAAUGUUUAUAAGCUAUUCUUUUAUACAAGAAAAGAAACAUACUCUUUGUACAUUAUUUACAGAACCAUGGUGUGGAAUAUUUUAUUGCAAGUUAUUUUCCUUCCAGUCUUUGUCAUUUUAUGUACUUAAGUAAAGGGAUGCAAAAGGAGAAGGAAUGAAGAAUGCAAGAUAAAAAACAUUAUGCAAUUGUUAGCAAAUAUGGAUUUUGUAUAGUACAUUUAUUAAACAGUUUUUGGA